UAACAUGGAACUUUAAUUAUUGGAAAAAACGGGGUAUAAAGGGGCCGCAGCCGAAACCAUUCGUGGGCAAUUUUCCCAGUGUUUUUACUCAGGAAAGACAUUUGGCCAUGGAUAUUAAGGAUAUAUAUGAAUCUUACAAAAAUACCGAUCAUUUUGUUGGUGUUUUCAAUUGUCGCAGUCCCCAAUUGUUGAUUACCAAUGCGGAAUUGGUUCGUCGUAUUUUAGUUACAGAUUUCAAACAUUUCCAUGACAAUGAAGCUUCCACAUUUGUGGAUAAAAAAUCGGAUACAAUAUUUUCCGAAAAUCCAUUCAUUUUAACGGGUGAAGAGUGGAAAGAAAGAAGAGCUGAAAUAACACCUGGAUUCACACAAAAUCGGAUCAAGACCGUAUUUCCGGUAACCAAGAAAGUGUGUAAAAUUGUGACUGACUACAUUGAUAAGGAAAGCAAAGUGGGAUCCAAAGAUGGCAUAGAUGCCAAAGAUCUAAGUUUACGUUUCACCUGCGAAGUGGUCAGCGAUUGUGUAUUGGGUCUACAGGCCAACAGUUUCUCCGACAAAUCAGCACCCAUUUUCGAUAACGCCAAAAAACUAUUUGAACAAUCGUUCGUUUUAAUAAUUUACAUGACUUUGGCUGGCUUAAUACCAGCUUUAACAAAAAUCAAAAAAUUACGUUUUGUGCCCAAAAAAAUAGAAGAUUUUUUCGUAGAUUUAAUGCAAAGCUCCAUAACAUUGAGAAAAUCUCAAAAAGAGAAGGGUGUCAAUGAGGAUCGUGUUGAUUUCAUGAAUUACAUGCUGCAAUUGCAAGAGAAAAAGAAUCUCACAAUACCACAAGUGACAGCACAUACAAUGACAUAUUUAGUGGAUGGUUUUGAAACUACAGCCAGCGUACUAUCGCACUGUUUAUUGUUGUUGGGUCGUCAUGCCGACAAACAAGAUAAGUUGCGUAAGGAAAUUUUAGAAAAAUUAGGUCAUGAUAAUGAAUUUGACAGCAUUAUUGGUUUAGAAUAUUUGGAUGCUUGUAUACAUGAAACUCUGCGCAUUUUCCCUCCCGGUUCACAUUCCACUAAACUGUGCACUGAGCCCAUUGAUUUGGUAAAUAAAGAUGGCACCAUUUUACAUGUCCCUGUGGGAGCCAAGGUAGUCAUACCCAUACAUGCCGUAAUGACGGAUGAGAAUUAUUAUAAAAAUGUGGAUGUCUUCGAUCCAGAACGUUUUAUGGAUGGAGGUUUGAAAAUGUACAAAGACAAAGGUCUUUAUUAUGCAUUUGGUGAUGGCCCCAGAGCUUGUUUCGGUAUGCGCUUUGCUUUAACUCAAAUCAAGGCCGUCAUGGUGGAAAUUUUGCGCACCUAUAAAAUUCAUGUCAAUCCCAAGACUCGUAAAGACAAUCAAAUGGAUGCCACAUAUUUCCUGCUGCGCUUAGAUGGUGGCAUUUGGUUGGAUUUUGAAAAAAUAAAUCAUCAUAAAAAUAAAAAAUCUUACAAAAACAGUGAUUAUUUUAUUGGCGUUUUCAAUAGCCGCUGUCCUCAGUUGAUGAUUCUUAAUCCCGAAAUGAUUCGUCGUGUUUUUGUGACAGAUUUUAAACAUUUUCAUGAUAACGAGGUCUCAACAUUUAUUGAUGAAAAAUCGGAUAGAAUAUUCUCCAACAAUCCAUUCGUUUUAAGGGGCGAACAGUGGAAGGAAAGAAGAGCUGAAGUUACACCUGGCCUAACACACAAUAGAAUUAAAACUGUAUUUCCGGUUACCAACAAAGUUUGCCAAACUAUGAUCGAUUACAUAGGAAAGCAAGGCAAAAUGGGUGAUGGUAUCGAGGCCAAAGAUCUUAGUUUGCGUUACACUUGUGAAGUGGUUACCGACUGUGUCUUGGGUCUACAGGCCAACACUUUUGCCGAGGAUUCAAGUCCCAUUUUUGAUAAUACCAAAAAACUAUUUGAACAAUCGUUCAUUUUGAUUGUCUACAUGACAUUGGUGGGUUUAAUACCGGCUUUAGCUAAAAUCAAAAAAUUACGUUUUGUACCCAAACCCAUUGAAGAGUUUUUCAUUGGUAUAAUGGAGAGCUCUCUAAGUUUGAGAAAAAAUCAGCGAGAGCAGGGUAUUAAUGAAGAUCGUGUUGAUUUCAUGAAUUACAUGUUACAUUUGCAAGAGAAAAAGAAUUUGACAUUGCCAGAACUGACAAGUCAUACGAUGACAUUUCUAUUGGAUGGUUUUGAUACUACUGCCAAUGCUUUAGCACACUGUUUAUUAUUGCUAGCACGUUAUCCUGAGAAACAAACUAAACUGCGUGAUGAAAUUUUAGAAAAGUUGGGAAAAGAUAAUAAUAAUUAUGAAGCAAUUAUGGCUUUGGAAUAUAUGGACGCUUGUGUGCAUGAAACUAUACGAAUGUAUCCACCCGGUUCACAUUCUGCAAAAUUGUGCACUGAGACUAUUGAUUUGGUAAAUAAAGAUGGCACAACUUUACAUGUCCCCGUUGGCACUCGUGUCAUUUUACCAAUACAUGCCAUCAUGUCCGAUGAAGAUUACUAUAAAAAUGCUGAUGCCUUUGAACCGGAACGUUUAAUGGAUGGUGGUUUAAAAACACUUAAGGACAAAGGAGUCUAUUUUGGCUUUGGCGAUGGCCCAAGAGCUUGUAUAGGUAUGCGUUUUGCUUUAACCCAAAUCAAGGGGGCCUUAGUGGAAAUAUUGCGUAAUUACCGUAUUCGCGUCAAUCCCAAGACGCGUAAGGAUAAUAAAUUAGAUCCCACCUAUUUUGCAUUGAGAUUGGAUGGUGGCAUUUGGUUGGAUUUUGAAAAAAUCAAUUAAUGCUAAUGUUUGCACUUCAAAAGAUUUAUUUGUACAAGUUUAACUGCUAAACUUUUAUUAAUUUAACCUACAAUAUAAUUCUAAAUUGAAGUAUAAAAUCUAACAUUGUAUGUAUAUUUUUGUAUCAAGUUCUCGGUCAUCAUAAUAAACAUUAAUUUUUUUUUAUUGUACAAUUUA